CAUCCACGCCACAUCAGACACACCUCAAACCAGCAAAUUCUCUGCAACUCCUAUGAUUUACAACAGUCAGAAACCUUCCUUUCUUAAACAACAAUCAAAUAACACCAUCUGAUCUCUAUUAUUAAUCCACCUCACUAUACACCUAAUCAGACGGCUAAUAACUCUCCAACAAACAAAGAUCUCACAACUCCCUAACUAUAUUAAUUAAUUACCAUUACUAUUAACUUAAUUUUUUCUCUUUUUUGUUUCCAAAAACCAGCGAAUAUUUGUUCUGUUUUUCAUCAACAAACAAACUAAAAAAACAGAGAGUAAAACUAAAAACCCAGAAAAUACAAACACAAAAAAGUUUCCUUAAUUUUCUCAAAAUCAAUAUAUUUCUCCCCAAAAAAAAAGAUUUCUUUUCAAUGAAAAAAUUAUAGAAAGUGGGGAAAGUGUAUAAAAAUAGAUGCAUGUCUCCUCUAUCACCUCGACACUGUGUUUGGAUCCGAACCCGAAUAGUAAUUGGAAUUGGGUGCUCCAGUUUUUGAUCACAGCUUUCAUUCUUUCUUUAGGGUUUUUAUAUUUGCUUCGGUCUACUGCAUCAAAGUAUUUUGUAGUUGAUACUAAUUUUAAUUCUUCUUCAACGACGUCGUAUUCUAUCUCCUCGUCAAUGGCUGUUGCUGCGGCUGAACCGUGUGCUGUUUGUAGUCAACCUGCUACUAAACAUUGCGCUGGUUGUAAAGCUAUUAAAUAUUGCUCCCAUGCUUGCCAAUCACGACAUUGGCGAUCAGAGCACAGGAUAAAAUGCAAGGAACUUCAAUCAUCUAGCAAGCGAAAAUCAAUCCAGGAGACUGGUGGAAAGCGGCAUAUGUCCAUUGCUUUGGUCCCUUCAAGUGGACCAGACAAAAUUGAGAGGGUUGUGGACAAGGUUCUCUUCCCUUACGAUGAAUUCGUCAAACUUUACAACUGGGAAAAGUCGAUCUUCCCACCUUGUGGACUUCUAAAUUGUGGAAACAGUUGUUAUGCGAAUGUGGUCCUACAAUGUCUUGCUCACACCCGUCCACUUCUAGCAUAUUUAUUGGAGAAAGGUCAUCGCAGAGAUUGCAGGAGGAAUGGGUGGUGUUUCCUCUGUGAACUUGAAAUGCACCUCGCAAGAGCUAGUAAAAGUCAGCAGUCCUUUUCACCAAUUAAUAUCCUGUCACGGUUGCCGAGCAUUGGUGGAAAUCUUGGCUAUGGAAAACAAGAGGAUGCUCAUGAGUUCAUGAGGUUUGCAAUUGAUACAAUGCAAUCUGUCUUCCUUGAUGAGCAUGGUGGUGAGAAAAACAUCGAUCCCAAAUCUCAAGAGACUACCCUUAUACAACAUAUAUUUGGUGGUCAGCUUCGCUCCCAGGUCAUAUGUACAAAGUGCGAUCAAGUCUCCAAUCAAUAUGAAAAUAUGAUGGAUCUGACGGUUGAAAUGCAAGGAGAUGCUACAUCUUUGGAGGAGUGUCUUGAUCAAUUUACUGCAAAAGAGUGGCUUCAUGGAGAAAAUAUGUAUAAAUGUGAUGGAUGUAAUGAUUAUGUCAAGGCAUGGAAGCGUCUGACCAUCCACCAAGCUCCACACGUACUUACAAUUGCUUUAAAAAGAUUCCAGAGUGGAAGAUUUGGGAAGAUCAACAAAAAAAUUACUUUUCCUGAUGAUUUGGAUCUGAACCCAUAUAUGAGUGAAGAGAGAGAUGGCAUGGAUAAAUACAAGCUUUAUGCUGUUGUUGUCCAUGUGGACAUGCUAAAUGCAUCAUUCUUUGGGCAUUAUAUCUGUUACACAAAGGGUUUUGAGGGAGACUGGUACAGAAUCGAUGAUUGCAAGGUGACGAGGGUUGAAUUAGAUGAAGUGCUUUCACAGGGAGCUUAUAUGCUUUUGUAUAGAAGGAUCUGCGUUCGACCAAAAUGUCUAAAGACAUUUGAACCUGCAACAAGUCAGCUGCAUGAGGGGGAGAAACUGCUUACUGAGAUAGAGCAUAGUAGCUCAAUCCCACGGGAGGAGACUUCAAUUUCUUUGGAGAUGUGCAAUUCCGUUUCUACUUCAGCUUCUGAGCAUUUGUCUGGAGUUCACCAUGAACCCAUCAACCGAGAUAUGGGAGACUCUCGGAGUGUGUUAGGUCCACCAGUUUCAGUUGAAGUUCUUGGAAAUGGAAAUGGAAAUGGUCCUUGUAAUACACUUAAAGCUGUAAGUUUUCAAAGGGUUUUCAGUUCUACUAGUUCAAGUGCUGAAUCACCUCGUGAAGUUCCUGAUAUCCUUAAAUCAUCUGCUAUGGGUAUAAAUGGAUGUAAUGACACCUCACGUGAGGGUUCAGCUACUACACAAGUAUCUGAUAGAGAAGCCACUGAUAUUUCUGCGAUUAGGCUAUUGGGUCCCACUAGAAAACUUGAAGAGCAUAAGGCUGAGGAUGAAUGUCCUAUAAUUGGCAUUACUGGAAAUGCUCCCUCUGUCAUCGACCAAACUGCCCCUUUUGAGAUGAGCAGUUUGGGUAAUGAUUCUGUUGCUGGUUUUUCCCACAGUUCAGAUAAGGAGUCUGUUGCUUGGUUUUCCAACCGGAGAAGUUUCAAGUGGGCAGAUGUGGAAGACGCGGAAUUUUCAGAUGACAUGGAGGGGGACAGUGUGGAACUUAAUGAGCUCGAUAAAUGUUUGAAUGGUGUCAUCCAUGAUGUGGUAAUUGAUGAAAGUCCUACUAACAUUUGCCUGGAGAAGCCACCAGAGAAGCCUCCUCAAGUGCAUGGCUAAGUCUUUUGCAUUAUAGUCUGUCAUAUGGAACAUUUAUGACAAGUCAUGAAUGGAUGGAGCAGGUGACUCUAUUUGGUGUACCUUUGUUGUGGGAUGUAUGACUGGUGCAAGACGAUGGCUGCUUGGACCAUAUUUAAUGUAGCAAAUAAAGCCUAUAAUUUACCCUUCUUUUGCUGUCACACUGAACAAGCUCAAGCAGCAACGGCGGACAAACAUUUCUUUCAAGGUUUAUAUUAACACAUUGGUUAAGUUGGAGAAGAUCAAACUGUGCAUAGAUUUAGUAUAGAGUUGAAGAAAUAGAUCAUAAUUUUUUUGUGUUUGAGGAUUAUAUAUUUUUGGAUGACCCUGCAUAAAAGAACUGAUUUAGGAGUCUUGGAUUUCAGUAUUAGAAGAAAUCUUGGAUGCUAACCAUUCAAAUUGUUGAUGUUAAUGUUAGUGAUACAAAUUUGCACUGGGGACUGAA